ACAUUGAGCGCGAGUGCGCUCACGGGCACGCGCUCACGGACAUACACAAAAAAGAGAAAGGGAGAGAGAGUCGAGGAGUGUGUGCGGCGGUCAAGCGCUUAUAAUGGCUGCCAGGAAAAGCAGAGCUGAGGAAAAUCAGUUACAUUGGGAAUAAGGUCGUGCACAGGUGAGGAAGAGGAGGAUGGUGAGCAGUCAAGCCAAGUACGAGCUGAUCCAGGAGGUGGGCAGGGGCAGUUACGGUGUGGUAUACGAGGCAGCUGUACGGCAGACCGGCGCUCGUGUGGCUGUGAAGAAGAUUCGCUGUCACUCCCCGGAGAACGUCGAGCUGGCCUUGAGGGAAUUCUGGGCCCUGAGCAGCAUCCAGAGCCAGCAUCCCAACGUCAUCCACCUGGAGGAAUGCGUUCUCCAGAGAGACGGCCUCGCCCAGAGAAUGAGUCACGGCUCCAGCUCCUCGCUCUAUCUGGAGUUGGUGGAGACCUCCUUGAAAGGUGAGAUCACGUUCGACCCCCGAUGCGCCUACUACCUGUGGUUCGUCAUGGACUUCUGCGACGGUGGAGACAUGAACGCCUAUCUACUGUCCCGCAAACCCAGCCGCAAGACCAACACCAGCUUCAUGCUGCAACUGGGCAGCGCUCUGGCCUUCCUGCAUCGCAACCAGAUCAUCCACCGAGACCUCAAACCGGACAACAUCCUCAUCUCGCAGGGCCGCACGCCGGCCGGAUCCCCCGAACCCACCCUGAAGGUGGCCGACUUUGGCCUCAGCAAGGUCUGCUCCUGUUCGGGCCUGAACCCCGAGGAACCGGCCAGCGUCAACAAGUGUUUCUUGUCCACCGCUUGUGGAACGGACUUCUACAUGGCCCCUGAGGUCUGGGAGGGCCACUACACCGCGAAGGCUGACAUUUUUGCUUUGGGAGUGAUCAUAUGGGCCAUGGUGGAGCGGAUAACGUUUGUGGACGUAGAGACUCAGAAGGAGCUUUUAGGGAGCUACGUCCAGCAGGGGGAGGACAUCGUUCCCCUCGGGGAGGCUCUGCUGGAGAACCCCAAGAUGGAGCUCUUGAUCCCGGCCCGGAAGAAAAGCAUGAACGCUGGCAUGAAGCAGCUGAUUCGGGAGAUGCUGUCGGCCAAUCCGCAGGAGCGACCCGACGCGGUUGAACUGGAGCUCAGGCUGGUUCGGAUCGCAUGCAGGGAGCUCGAUUGGGAUACGUGAAAGGAAAGCGUCUCGGACGUGGGGUAAACAUGCUCUGAGCUUGGUGAACGUAAACACAUGUUGUUUGGCCCUGUCCCAAAUGGCACGCUGGGUGUUGUGGUCUACGCUCUGAAGUGUCCAGGGUGAUACUCUAGGGUUUCCCAGUUGUCAAUUCAGAUUGUUGGUCCCAGAUGUUGGUUAGCUCACAAUGUUGUAGACGAUUACCUGACAUUAUCCAUGCUGCACAGAAAUAUCGGGCAGGGUGAGAGUGCCGUUUGGGACAGGAUUGAGUCUUUAGGGGGCGAUUGCACUGCUGGGCCUCCAGUACAACAUUCAUUGAUGGAAAAACAGCCUUUACAAUGUUCAAUACUUAUUACUGACUCAUGUUCACAAGCACAUUGGGACUUAGUCUUGAUGGGUUUCAUUAAU